CCGGAAGCAGCGGUGGGUGCGAGCGGAGCCGGCAGUGAGGGGCGAGCUGGGCCGCCCGCCGGUGCUGCAGGAAGAAAAAAAUCAAGAAAUGUCUACCAAUUUUAAAAUACUUUCCUUGGGCAUCCUGGUUUUUCAGACCACAAGUUUAGUCUUGACCAUGCGCUAUUCUCGGACACUGAAAGAAGAAGGACCCCGUUACUUAUCCUCCACUGCAGUAUUAUUGCUGAACUUUGAAGAUUUGCCCUGUGUUCUAUUGGUCUACAAAGACACAAGUGCAAAUUUACGAACUCUGAACAGAGUGCUACAUGAUGAAUCCUUAAUUAAACCCAUGGAAACUCUGAAACUUGCUGUUCCUUCAGGAAUUUAUACUCUUCAGAAUAACUUGCUGUAUGUAGCAUUGUCAAACCUAGAUGCAGCCACAUACCAGGUUACAUAUCAACUGAAAAUCUUACCACAAGCAUUGUUUUCUGUGUUGAUGUUGAGCAAGAAAUUGGGUGUAUACCAGUGGCUUUCAUUAGUAAUAUUGAUGACAGGAUGGGCGUUUGUGCAGUGGCCUUCAGACUCUCAAGCAACAGCUGCUAAGGAGCAUUCGGCAGGAUCUCAGUUUGUAGGCCUCAUUGCAGUUCUUAUAGCAUGCUUUUCUAGUGGAUUUGCUGGGGUUUAUUUUGAGAAAAUUUUAAAGGAAACUAACAUCUGUGUGGAUCAGAAAACAUUCAGCUUGGAUUUUUUGGUAGCAUAUUUGGACUGAUGGGUGUAUACAUUUAUGAUGGAGAACAACUGUCAAAGAAUGGAUUUUUUCAAGGAUACAACAAACUUACAUGGAUAGUUGUUGUUCUGCAGGCACUUGGAGGACUGGUGAUUGCUGCUGUGAUAAAAUAUGCAGACAACAUUUUAAAGGGAUUUGCAACUUCUCUCUUCUAUUAUACUGUCAACAUUGAUCUCCUAUUUCUGGGCUGCAAGAUUUUGUCCCUAC